AUGUUUUUCAGGAUACUCGCCCUCUUCGCAGUGACAGUGUUAGCCACACUCAACGAUGUUACAAACCAGGGUACACCCGCCGUUAAGACCGUAACCACUUGGGAAACUGUCACCAGAUCUCCAGUUACCACGGCUGUCACCAAAACCGUGCCGCCAGAUUCAAGUGGAAAUGCCAAUAGCCUUUCCUGGAAUUAUCCAACAUCGACGCCGUUAUCGUUCUCUAUCUCCUCGUAUUCAUCGUCGUCGACAGGGACAAGUACGUCCGAGUCGAGUGCUGCAUCCACCGCCUCAGAGAGCUCUUCUGUGUCAACUGGGGGUGCACCUGACAUCACCGGAGGCCUUGCCAUGCGUCUUGCUGGUGCUGCUGGAGCCCUUGGCUUUGCUCUUGCUCUGUAA